AUGCCUUCCACUUCAUCAGGGCGGAUCACAAAGUCCCGAAAGGGCAAGAACUCGACUCCUCACCAAAAGAACCACCGGUGGGAGUCCUUCGCAACCAAAAUCGCGAAACUCAACGCACUUGAUCCUCUGCGAAAAGUCCGCCGACACGACCUCGAAGCCGAAGACCUCGAAUCCACAACCUCCUACUUCCGAACCGGCCUGCAGAAAUGGUCGGAACUUAAUAUCUACAAAGGCUUUUACGACUUGAAGACGAAAGCAUGGUACAUGAGCGAGAGUCUGGCCCAAAUUCUGCACUUCGAAGAGAAGAUCUUCGAUCUGUUAGCCGAGGCGCUGGCGAAGCAGGAUAAGGAGAUGCUAGAGCCGGUCCUGGAACUCCUCACAGCCUUCGCGCAUGAUAUUGGAACUAGGUUCGAAAAGUAUUAUGCAAAGUCUCUGGAUCUCAUUGUUGCCAUCGCCGCCAAGCCGCAGGACGCCGACGUUAUCGAAUGGACCUUUGCAGCGCUGGCUUUCCUGUUCAAAUACCUCUCGAGGCUAAUUGUGCCAAAUCUGCGACCAACAUACGAUGUCGUGGCGCCGCUCUUGGGAAAGACUCGCCAUCCUCCUCACAUUGCCCGUUUCUCCGCCGAGGCUUUGAGUUUUCUGAUCAAGAAGGCUGCCGCGCCUGGAAACCGAGAGACCUCCCUCACCGCAAUCGUCACCCACGCAAGAGACGACCUCCGAAGCACCGUCGGCGAACGCUCAUUCCAAUUGUACCAAGAUGGUCUCAUGACCAUGUUCACCGAGGCCAUGAAGGGCCCCGGCCAGACCAUUCACUCGACCGGGCCGGCCGUAUUUGUGUCUCUCAUCAACGCGAUACCUGAGACGGAAGCCGAUCUCGCGCACACUACAACCUGGACCGACUUGGUAUGCGGUGUUCUGACCAGUAUUAUCCACCACUCCAACGAUAAGGACCUUGUUGUCGUACUCGAGGCGAUUCAGGAGCAAGUGAAGGCGGCAUUGAACGAAGCCAAGCCAAGCAAGGCUUGGAAGUUUGUCCCGUUGAUCAGGGUUCUUGGGACAGCCGCUGGUGUUCGCCACGGAAACCGAGUCAGCAACUGGCCCGUUCUCGUUGAGAAUCUGACCGCCAUGCUUGACUCAAUGGCACAAAACGCCCCUGAGGUGACAGAAGAUAAGCUGAAUCUUGUAUGGAAACAUGUCAUCGUUCCUGCUGCGAUUGUCUGGCAUCAAGCACCAAUUGAUGCCCUCAUCCCCUGCAUCAAGGAUUUCAUGAAUGCACUCCAGAGGGAGAGGCUCAUGAGGUGGUACAUCCCCUUUUGUGCUUACUUCUCCAACCUUGACUCGACACGAUUCCGGAGUAUAUUCCAGACAUACUUUCAAAGAUUUAUCGUCAGUCACUGGUCCGACGGUCAAAACGAAGACAUGUUGUGUGUACUCCUGCCCCGCAUGGUGCAAAACGGGAGUCUACCUUCGCCAGGAGCAAAGGAGACUUGCAAUCUCCCGCGCAGCUGGCAGGACCAGAUCGUGUCAAAGUUUGAGCGCCUCGAAAGUACCCCCUUCCCCGAGCGCGGAGCGUAUGAUAAGGAUCCUCAAACGUGGAGAGACAGAUGCUUGCCAAAGUACUCUGCCUUAUUGGAUCUCCUUUUCUCGACGACCGUUCACCCCUCAGCCAACGCGAAGAUUGCGGAACUCCUACUUCGGAAACUGAGGCUGGCACUCAAGCCUUCAACCACACUGGCAUCAGACGAGGUUCACUUCAGCAUCAGCCAGGGUUUCCACGCGUACUUGCGAAUGAGUAAGGCGGCGGGCCCGGUUGAUCCAGCCUUAGACCCGCUCCUACGUGCUGCUCUUCCCAGGUUCAGCCGUUCGGUGGGCUUCUUGGAGGCGUAUCUCACCUAUACUGAGCUCACACGAAACCAACCGCCUCCCGUCGAUCGUCAGAGCAGUGAUAGCAGUGAGGGCUCAGAAGAGGAUCCGGUUGUUGAGGCCCUUAUCGAAAACCUCUCGGCCCCUUCGCAGGAACUUCGUCUCGCAUCUCUAAAGAUCCUCCAGCAAUUCGAAUCACUUCCCGAUGAACACCAAUGUCUCACCCUCAUGGUGGACAUCGGACUUACGCCUCUGGAGCCUGCCACCCUGAGAAACAUCGCAAUGCAUCUUCGCAAACUCGGCCAGAACUACUCACAAUUGACCGAGAACUCAUGGCUUCUCAAGGCGAUUCCCUCCUUCAUGUUCGGUAUGUUGACAGUUAAGCUCUCCCCAUUGUGGGACGACACCAUCACAGCCUUGAAGCUGGUUGGCUCUAUCAAAGCUGGCGAAGAGGCCAUCGCGACAACCGCUUUGAGUUGGUUGGAGACUCCUUCUCCGAGAUGGUCUGGACCAGUCAGCCAGCCCACACUCCAGGGUCGUCAGGCCACCACCGACUUUGAUUGCCUUCACGUGCAAAAGCUCUUGAGCAUGGCGGAUGAGAUGGAGCAGGUUGUGAACAACGCCAUCGAUCUCAUGCUGCAGUCAUUUGACAAGCAGCAAGAGACUAUUGAUGCUCACGCAGUCAAUGCUAGAGCACAGGCACUCAAGGUGCUCACUGGCAUGCCUCACUUUGCCGAGAAGCGUUCUCGCAAACUCGUACCCUUCUUCCUGGCUUGGGCUGCCGUUGACGAAGACAACUCGUCAGAAAGCCAAGAGGACGAGGACGCUGAGAUCAAGGGCGAAGACUGGAACCUUCAAGAUCGCAAGGGAUUGGUCGGUGUUUUCGCUCUCUUCAUCAACCCCAAGGUGCUCUACCAGCAUGAAAGGGUGUACACUGCACUACUUCACCUCAUGGAGAAUGGUGACGUGGAGGUGCAAAAGCUGGCGCUGAAGGCCAUCCUCGCCUGGAAGCAAGAGGGUGUUCGACCAUACCAGGAGAACUUGGAGUAUCUCCUCGACGAAGCAAGAUUCAAGAACGAACUCACAGUCUUCCUCCAGGGUGAAUCAACGAUCCAACCCGAACAUCGUGCAGAGCUUAUGCCUGUCCUUCUGCGACUAUUGUACGGACGGACCAUUUCGAAGAAGGGUGCUGCCAGUGGUCGACAAGGUCUGCAAGCCACUCGUUUGGCCGUCCUGAGAAACCUCAGCGUUGAAGACACAGGAAGCUUCUUGGACAUUGCGAUCGGAGGUCUGAAAGGAGCGCGUGUCAUUGACGACUCCGGCUUCCGCACCAACUUGUUUGACCGGGAAAUUCUUCCUGUUCGCAAGCAGACUGGUUUCAUGAACAUGAUGUUGCCUCUUAUCAACGAACUUGGUCAGCAUGUUGGCCCCUACGUUGAAAGGUUGCUCCAUCCUAUCCUGUACUGCCUCAUCUUCGCCUCUCGACGACUCAAGGAGUCAACUACUGUCGAGUCAGAUGAAGAGGUUGAGGAAACGAACGAGGCCUCUCAGGAGUCCCUGCUCAAGACCAUUCGGACUGUGGGUGUCAAGUGUAUCAUCACACUGUUCCGCAACGCCCAGGACUUUAACUGGACGCCGUACUCUGAGCCCAUUGUGAACGAGAUCGUUACUCCUAGGAUUGAGAAGCUCCCCGUUGAGACGGCUCAGUCAGUCUCAAGCAUCAUGCAGCUCCUGUCAACUUGGUCUCAGCUGCCAAAGGCAGCACUCUACAUCUCGAUCAAUGAUCAGGUUCUGCCCAAGGUUAUCGAGUGCGUAUCGGUGCCCAAGGCGAAGGAGAACGUCAAGAUUUUCGCCCUCAGCAUCAUCCGCAACCUCAUCAAGUUGGCCCAGGCACCUGCUGUGGAAUCCGAGUUCAACGAGCUCAUCCGCACUGAGCUUCUGGACGCCAACAUGGAGUUGAUGUUGAAGACUGUCACCACGACAUUGGAGACGCAGACCAUGAGCAACGAACUGCUCGAGUCUUGCAUUGAAACGAUUGUCGAGCUUUCUCCCCUCGUUGAAACCUCGGCGAACGUGCGCGAGACGCUCAAGAUCGCAACCUUCCUCCUCAACCAGCCGCCGAGACGAGUCAACCCUAGAGCCAAGGGCAAGAUUCUCCUCAUUCUGGAGCGAUUCAUCACCAUCCUCAGCUCUGAGGAGGCGGAAGAGAAGACUGCUGAUAUCGCCAUCUUCGAGACCCUGUCUUCUCUCUUUAGCUACUUCAAAGAUAGAGACAACAGGCAGGCUUUGGCCCGCGUCCUUACAGUUUUGGCCGACAAGGAUUCCACCCUCCAGGAGAUUGCCGAAAUCUGCCGCGACCUCAAUGCCUUCGCCCCGAACCGCAUCGACGAGCCAGACUACGACAAGCGGCUCGCUGCUUUCAACCGGAUCACAAACAAGGAAAGCCCCUUCACUGUCAAGCAGUGGCUUCCUCUGUUACACAACUUGAUUUACUACAUCCGCUCCGACGAGGAAUAUGGCAUCCUGGCAUCGAACUCUGCAGACUCCCUGCGCAAGUUUAUCAGAGAGGUUGCGGCCUGCUCAGACGAGACAUCCAAGAGCGGCUUCGAAACCCAUCUGAAGACUAUUCUAUUGCCUUCAAUCUACACUGGAGCUCGCGAAGAGUCUUCCAUCGUCAGGAGAGAGUACUUGAGAGUCUUUGGCUACCUUCUUUCGCAGAUGCCAACCUGGGAGCCUGUUGCGGAUAUGAAGGGGCUGUUGGUCAGCGACAUGGAAGAGGAGACGUCUGAGUUGCCCUUCUUCUUCAACAUUCUCAGUCCCGCGACGGCGCGCCAGCUAGAAGCCAUCAAGAUGCUGAACUCUGUUAACGAUACCUCGGAGUUUGGCAGUCAGAACCUGAGCCAGUUCUUCAUCCCUCUCCUCGAGCACUUCAUCUUCGGCCGUGCUGAAGGUAGUGACGACCAAGGCUUGGGUGCCGAGGCAACCAACACGAUCGGCAACUUGGCUCAAUCUUUGGACUGGAAGCAUUACCGUGUUAUUCUGCAAAGAUACAUCAGCUACGUCGAGUCCAAGCCCAACAAUCAGAAGCAGGUGAUUCGACUGCUUGCCAAGUUCUGCGAUGCUCUUAUUUUCUCAGUUGAAGGCAAGGGUACCGAGGCGAUGCAGAUUGAUGAUGCUGAGACCUCCACACCUGUCAGCAAAAGACUUGUGCUCACAACGCCCGCGCAAGAAAAGCUCAGCAAGGACGUCAAUAACCUCUUCCUCCCUCCCUUGAUCAAGCAUCUCCACGAGAAGGAUGAGUCCGAGGUCAGUUACCGUGUACCCGUCGGUGUCAUCAUCGUCAAGCUCCUCAAGCUCCUCCCGUCCGAAGAAAUGGGUCAGAAGCUUGCCGGCGUUCUUACCGAUAUCUGCCACAUUCUGCGCAGUAAAUCCUGGGAUGCUCGUGAGAUGGCCAGAGACACUCUUGUGCAAAUCGCUUCGGUGCUCGGCCCGACUUACUUUGGUUUCAUCCUGAAGGAGUUGCGCGGCGCUCUCAAGCGAGGUUACCAACUUCACGUCAUGUCUUAUACUCUCCACUCGAUGCUCCUCAAGGUCAUUCCUCAGUUCCAGCAGGGUGAUCUCGACUACACUCUCAAGUCCAUCGUGGCGAUCGUCAUUGACGACAUCUUUGGCGCUACCGGUCAAGAAAAGGAUGCCGAAGGGUAUAUCAGCGAGAUGAAGGAAGUCAAGGCAAGCAAGAGUCAGGACUCCAUGGAGCUCAUUGCCAAAUCGGCCUCCAUCAGCCAGCUGGUCGUCCUCGUCCACCCCCUGCGGUCUCUCCUCUUGGAGAAAGUGGAUCUCAAAUUGGUUCGCAAGAUCGACACGCUUCUGGCAAGAAUCACCGCCGGUCUUAUGCAGAAUCCGGCUGCAGAGAGCCGUGACACUCUCAUCUUCUGCUACGAGGUUAUUCAGGAGGUAUACAAGAGCAAGAAGCCCGAGGUACAGCCCAAGAUCGACUUCCGUUUGAAGAAGUAUCUCUACCAGAAGGGCGUGAAGAAGGACAACUCCGGCACCGCUGGGAAAUACACCUUCAAGCUUGUUAAGUUCACCUUUGACAUCCUCCGGUCGGUCUGGAAGAAGUACGAAAGCCUGCGCACCGGCGCAAACAUCGCUGGCUUCGUACCCAUCCUCGGAGAUGCCAUCGUCGGCGAGGAGGAUGACGUCAAGGUUGCUGCCUUCAAGCUUCUCACCGUGCUUGUCAAGGUGCCUUUCAACAACGACGAGGACGUUCAGCUUUUCAGGGUUGCAGUCAAGGAGGCGACGAAGAGCAUCUCCAUGUCAACCUCAACCACGACCGAUCUGUCGCAAGCGGCUCUGAAGCUGCUUUCCGUUGUCCUCCGCGAGCGCAAGGAUAUCCCCGUCAAGGACGCCGCUAUCGAUAUGCUCCUCGGUAAGCUCAAAGACGACCUGACAGAGACCCUUUACCGUCACGUCACCUUCAACUUUGUGCGCUCUGUUCUCGAGCGCAAGAUCGAGACGGCAGUUGUCUACGAUACCCUCGAUUACGUAGGCACUGUCAUGAUCACGAACGACGAUAAGGAUACGCGUGAUCUGGCGAGAGGCGCCUUCUUCCAGUUCCUCAAGGACUACCCACAGAGAAAGGCCCGCUGGGUGAAGCAGCUCAACUUCGUUGUCGCGAACUUGACAUACGAGCGCGAGGGCGGCCGUCUGUCUGUCAUGGAGGUCGUCCACCUGCUUCUCAUGAAGUCUGCGGACGACUUCGUCCAGGAAGUCAUCUCCACUUGCUUCUUGCCCCUGGUUAUGGUGCUUGCCAACGACGACAGCGAGAAGUGCUGUCUCGCUGCGGGAGAACUGGUCAAGGAGAUGUUCCGCAGGGCCGAUAAGGAGAGAACGCAGAACUUCAUGACGCUGCUCCGAUCAUGGGUUGAGCAAGAAGACAACCAAGCGGUAACCAAGCUGUCGCUGCAAGCUUUCGGGUUCUUUUUCGAGGCCAAGGAGCCCUCGACCAAGCACAAGAAGGAGUUGGAGUUGGUUCUUACCAAGAUUGGAGAGAUUGUGGGAACAGGCGACAUCCGCGUUGCCGAUGAGGACCUUGUCAACACUGUUCUUCGCGACCUUCAGGUUCUGACGGAGAAGUACCCAGCCAGGCUCUUGUCUACCGAGUCUAGGGAUCUCUGGGCAGAUGUCCGCGGUUGCCUCGUACACCCCGAGAACUCCGUCAAGCUUAGCGCCACCAAGGUACUGAGCACGUUCCUCGCGGACUACGCCGGCAAGUCAAGCAAAGCAGGCGAAGUACUCCAAGGAUCUCACGGCCUGGACCUCGAGCUCGAGGACCUAGAAGAGCUCGUCAGGCUGACGCUCUACGCCUUGAGAACACCAGAGAUUGACGACGCGCUCGCCGAGGAAAUCAAGCAGAUCCUAAUUUUCCUCGGCCCACGCCUACCCGUCAAGGUGCAAACCGUGCCCGAAGCAGACACUCUGGGCGACCGUGACGAAGCCGAGGCGGAAGAGGACAGAAUCGAAGAGCACCGCAAGGACCUGCAGUACCUCUUCUGGAAGCUCUCGUCCAUCCUGCGCAAGGACGUCCGUCCCAAGUCGACCGCUAUCACACCCAAGACCGUCGCAAUGGAAGUGCUGGAGACGAUCUGCCGUCGUGUUCCGCAAGACCACCUCGAGCCCUCGUUCAAGACGAUCCUCUACCCGCUGCAGAACCUCACUGACCCCAACAUCCCCGUGCCCUACUCGACAGAUGAGCUCUUCAAGACAAGACUCGAGGCGCUCAAGACGAGGGCGCAGAUCCUCAUGGACUCGUUGCAAAAGAAGUUUGGCACGGCUGAGUACACGAAGCAGUUACUGUCCAUCAGGGAGGAGGUGCGCAACAGGAGACAGCAGAGGUCGAGCAAGCGCAAGAUUGAGGCGAUUGCGCAGCCGGAGAAGUAUGGUCGGGACAAGAGGAAGAAGACGGAGAAGAAGAAGGAGAGGAAGAAGGUUAGAGGCCAGGAGCAUAAGCAGCAGAGGCAGGCGUACAAGGGGUGGUAA